GCGUGCUGAUGUUCCCCCGCGGCGCCCUCUCGCCAUCCCGCCUGCUGAGCUCCAUGCGCGCCGCGCCAGUUCAGACCGAGCGCUGCUUCGUAGCCGAAUUGGCCGGCUCCGAGCUGGUCUAUUUCACCUGGAGCCGCAGCGGGCCCCCAGGCGAGGGCGCCCGCCCCCGAGGCUUCUGGCCUCCGCCGGCCCGAUGCUAUUCCUUCUGCAUCGGUGCCGCGCAAAGCCCCCGAGAGCGCGUCCCGGCGGCCAGGCUGCACAAGCAGUUGCAGCAGAAGCUGAGGCAGGCGCCUUUCGGGGCGGGCUGCCAAGUGCUGCCGCUUCUCUCCUACGACCCCAGGGACGCCGCCGCGCCGGAGAAAGGCUUCCUGGUCCAAAUGGCGCAAGCCGUGCAGGAGACCGAGCGCUCCCUGGAGGAGCUGCUGCGCCUUCACCUGCCCGCGCCAGCCCACCUGUGCGUCUACCAGGAGGCAGGCGACGGCCAGCUGUGGCGCCUAGACGGAGCGGGAGAGAGCAAAGAGCUGCUGGGCAAAGCGCGCGUCGUCUUGGCCCCGCCGCCGGACCGCCACCCGGCCGCUUCUCUUCUCCAGGACGGUGCCGUCUUCACCUCCCGGGAGGCUGCCCGCAGGGUCCUGGAAGAGUGCAGGCCUCUAAUUCCUGAAGCAAGAACAGUCCUUGAUCUUGUGGAGAAGUGCCCUCACCUUCCAAAAAGGGGAGAGUUUCCAGUGAUAGUUAUUGAGGGCUUGGAUGCAACAGGCAAAACCACAGUAACUCAGUCACUGAAGGACUCCCUGAACGCUGUUCUCUUGAGAUCUCCUCCACCUUGCGUCAGCCAGUGGAGAAAGACUUUUGAUGAUGAACCAACACUCGUCCGAAGAGCAUUUUAUGCUCUGACCAACUACAUUGUUGCUUCUGAAAUUGCAAAAGAAUCCACUAAGUCACCAGUGAUAGUAGACAGGUAUUGGCAUAGCACAGCUGCUUAUGCAAUUGCCACGGAAAUAAGUGGGGAAGUGUCAAAUCUCCCUCCGUUGCAUCACCCAGUAUAUUGCUGGCCUGAAGACCUUUUAAAACCAGAUUUGGUCAUACUGCUAACCGUUAGUCCUGAAGAACGGAUUCGGAGACUGCAGGGACGGGGGACAGAGAAAACAAAGGAGGAGGCAGAGCUGGAAGUGAACAGAUUCUUCCGUCAAAAAGUUGAAGAAUCUUACAGAAGAAUGGAGAACCCUUCAUGUCAACUAGUUGAUGCCAGUCCUUCCAGAGAAGAGGUUUUCAAGGAUGUUCUACAUCAGAUUAAAAGGCAUUUCCCCUUACUAUAGUUACUUAUAACUGCACUAAGGCUGAUACUCUAUGGCACAAUCUGAAAUUUGCUAGCAAAAUAAUAUUUUCUGUUGAACAAGAACAUUAGUAUUUUCAUUUGUAUAAAAGAGAAGCUCUUAAAAUCUGGUUUCCCCAAAUAAUCCUAGGAAUUUUGAAAGAUUCCAGUAGAUCACUGCUGAGCCAAAACCCAGGCAUGCAUUUAAUGGAAACUUGUCCUCUAUGUUCCAUUUCACCGAUGGCUCAGGGGUCUGCAAAAUGGGGCUAAAUAUCCACCUAUUUAGAACAAGGACAGGGACCUGAUUUAUGAUGUCAUCAAGUAACUCUGCCAGAUCUGAUAAACUGAACCUGCUUUUCUGAAGAAUGAAUAAAUUAUCUUACCCAAAUGAUCAAAA